CAGUCCAGUAGCCGAACAGCUCUGCUUCAUGUUUUGGCAUCGUCUGCGUUUCUCAGUGGCUCUGUAACCGCGGCUCAACGAGCAGCGCUGGAGAUGCUGUGUUUCAUCGCGCACGGAGGUACACAGAAAGCUCAUGAGUCUAACACACGAGUCCAAGCCGCAGAAGGAGGCAUAAACGCGGGUGUCUAUCCAUAUAGCCACGGAGCGAUGAAUGGGAGAUCCUUUCUGGAUGAAUUCUACGCCUGGGUUAUAUUAACAAACAGACCGAGAGAUUACGUUUUUGUGAAACUGUGGAUAAAAUAGGAAGGUAAUAAUUGACGAGUAAAACAGCUUCUCUUUUUUGCGCGUACAGUACCGAUCGCGAUUAUGGAUUAUCCGUAAGAGAAAGGGGAAAGGGAAAAAGAGACAUAUACUGGUUUAUACUUCCACAAAAAUAACGCGAAAAAUAUCCUUAUCUUAUCUUAACCACAAUCGCGUAACAUGCAACCCCUGGUACUGAGACGUUCUGCACGGCUGUCUGAAGAAUGAGCGCUGCUGCGCAACACGGGAAAACCAUGUGCGGCGGAGAGGAAUAGAGAAGAAGAGAAUAGAGAAGGUUUUUUUUAAUACCUGUGUAUGUUUUCUGGGUGUAUGUGGGGAGCACGGUUACAGCAUUAAAAUCAAGAAACGACUGUGCUCAGGAUGUCAGGAUAUCAGGGAUCAAUUCUCCACAAAGACAGGUGUGACGGACAGGCGGAAUAGUUCGCCAAGGGGAAAACGGGGAGCGAGGACUGAAAGGAACCGAUACCGAUUAAUUAUUACUGACAAUACCCUCGGAUUUCCCCUUCUCACCUCCGAUCGCAUAAAUACAACCUGGGAAAAAGGGUGCACGGAGAAGAACACUGCUAAGACCGGGAGCACCGGGCGCAUCUCUUCCUGCCACCGUCAGUGCGCCCGCUGACACAUCGCCAUGACGACACCGUCCCCUCCCGUCACCCUGCUGCUCGCCCUGCUCUGGCUCGCCGCCGCCACGUUCCCCGAGGAGCCCGGACCGCUGAACCCCGUGCCAACCGACGUGGUCCGUCGGUACCCCGUGUUCCUGGGCCGUGCUCAUCGAUCGUCGACGAGGCAAGAGCGGCUGCACAUACAGAGGAUCCUCAAGGUGAACCGGACCCUCUACAUCGGAGCCAGGGAUGACCUGUUCCGCGUGGAGCUGGACAACGUCGCGGGAGACGAGAUGUUCUACAGCAAGAGGCGAACAUGGGAGUCCAAUAAGAAUGACAUCCGAAUCUGCAGGAUGAAAGGCAAACACGAGGAUGAGUGUCGGAAUUUUAUAAAGGUCUUAUUGAGCCGGCCAGGUGGUCUGUUUGUCUGUGGGACGAACGCCUUCAACCCGCUGUGUGCCAAUUACACGAGGGACAGUCUGGAGAUGGUCGGAGAGGUCAUUGGUGGAAUGGCCCGGUGCCCCUACGACCCUAAACACGCCAACGUGGCCCUGUUUGCAGAGGGCAGCCUCUUCACCGCCACAGUAACAGACUUCCUGGCCAUUGAUGCCGUCAUCUACCGCAGCCUGGGGGAGAGUCCAGCCCUGCGGACCGUCAAACACGACUCCAAGUGGUUCCGAGAGCCAUAUUUUGUCAGCGCCGUAGAAUGGGGGCCCCAUAUAUACUUCUUUUUCCGAGAAAUGGCGAUGGAGUUCAACUACCUGGAGAAGGUGAUGGUGUCGCGGGUGGCGCGGGUGUGUAAGGGGGACCUGGGCGGAUCUCAGCGGGUCCUGGAGAAGCAGUGGACGUCCUUCCUGAAAGCCCGUCUCAAUUGCUCCGUGCCCGGCGACGCCCACUUCUACUUCAACCAGCUGCACUCCACCAGUCCCGUGCUUCAUUUGCAUGGGAGGGACAUCAUCCUGGGGGUGUUCUCCACUCCCACAAACAGCAUUCCUGGGUCAGCCGUGUGCGCCUUCGACAUGCAGAAGCUGGCCCGGGUGUUUGAGGGCCGCUUCAAGGAGCAGAAGUCCUCUGAGUCCAUCUGGACACCGGUCCCAGAUGAACUGGUCCCCCAGCCCAGGCCAGGGGGCUGUGCCAUCCAUGGGUCAAAGUUCAACUCCUCCACCGCCUUCCCGGAUGAGGUGCUAAAUUUUGUGAAGACUCACCCGCUGAUGGAUGAAACAGUGCCCUCGCUCGGUCAGAGACCUUGGAUUGUGAAGACAAUGGUCAGGUACCAGCUGAAUAUGAUGGAGGUGGACACAGAGGCGGGGCCAAACAGGGACCGCACCGUCCUCUUCCUGGGCUCCACCAGAGGGACCGUCCUCAAAUUCCUCAUCGUGCCUGACAGGGACAACCCCACGACCACCACCAGUGUGUUCCUCGAGGAGCUUGAGGGCUACAACCCAGACAAGUGUGGCGAGGACACUCCCCAAGCUCGCUCUCUGCUCUCCAUGGUGCUGGACCGGCCCAGUGCCUCUCUGCUCUUGGCCUUCUCGUCCUGUGUGGUGCAGGUAUCAGUGGCUCGGUGUCAGCUCUACGCCGGCUGCACAAAGACCUGCAUCGCCUCACGGGACCCGUACUGCGGCUGGACCCGAGGAAACACCUGUUCCUUCCUCAGACCGGGGACCAGGUUGCCAUUUGAGCAGGACGUGGACCACGGGAACACGUCCCAUCUGGGUGACUGCGACGGCCUGCCGCAGAAGAGCUUCGUGGAGGAGGUAGACAACCUGGUGUCCAUCAACCUACUGGUGGUAGCUGCAGUGUCAGCUUUUGUCACCGGGGCGGUGCUGUCUGGCCUGGUGGUGUGCUGCAUCAUGGGGCACAAGCGGCGCCCGCGAGCUCGUGGCGCCGGGGCUGGUGCUGUGGGACGACACCGAGGCGACAAGACCCCAGGUGGGAGCGGAUCUGUAGUGAGUGUCACCCGGCCUGGCGGUCCUGGUGACCGGUCCCGCCCACAAGCAGAGACCUUCUUCAUGAUGCCCAAUGGAUGGCCGGAGCCUGGGGACCUGGAUGCAGGUUUGCUGCCCACACCAGAGCAAACUCCUCAGCAGCAGAAGCGGCUUCCGCCUGGUCUCCGUCUCUCCGACUCCGGUUGGGACCAGAGCCAGACGUACCUCGGGCCGGCUGGGACACCAUGCCCCCUGACCUCCUCCUCUAUUUAUCUGAGUUCCAAGCUUCUGCAGGGCGGUGGGGGUCGACGGGAGGAUCUGGCCGGAGCCAACUUCCCCAUGGAGCGCCAGUGCUUCCUUUCCCUGAACCGACCCUUGGAGCAAAUGGGCCGCGGAGGCGGCGGCACGGUGCUGCGUAACUCGGCGGUGGAGUACCGCUACCCGGCGACGCCCCAGGACUCGCCUGAUCGCCGGAGGGUGGUCUCGGCGCCGAGUGCCCAGCUGGACUUCGGAGAAGCCCUGCGCUGGGGCCAUGGGGGGUACGCCUUUGACAGCGGCGGCCCUGCUCCCCCAAACCCAGGCCACCACCGCCCCAGUUCCCACACCCACCACAACGCGGCCCGCAUUCCAGGGCUGCACCAAUCACGGGGGUUCAGCAACGUGCCGGACAUGGGCCACUUCCUGGGCAAAGUCGCGCGCGAGCGGACUCCUUCCGGCCAAUGAAAGGAAGCGAUUCCGGAACACAGAACCCAGCCCUCUAAACCGACACCCCCUGAAGUCCUCUUCGCCGACACCCCCCCAUGCACACACUAAGUCUGCUGCCCUCCCCCUGCAUACCAAUCAUACGCAGACAUUUGCUAACCGUGUGACGAUAUGACACGAAGCCGAUAACAGGAGAUACUGAGGCGCUCGAAAAGCACUUUACUGAGAAUCCGGCGUGAUUCCUGUUACGAAGCAAUCGACUCUAGAUCAGCCAAGUUAAUGUAACACGUCCAUCCGAUGCGUGACAGGCAAAUGGCGUGCGAAGGAACUUGGGAAUUCAUGAGUCAGUAUUGACCGUGGACUGCACACUCCACACCCUGGCCUAAUGUGAAAUAUGGUGAGAAAUUGCUGGGGUUGUCACUGCAGAAAAACCCAUCAGAGGAAUGUAAGCAGAAUGCCAGCAGGCAGUGCUGCCCGUAAUGGCGGGUUAUGUUUGGGGCCCUCUAGUGGACACUUGAAGCACUCUCAGCUGGAGCACACUACUGGAUGGUUGCUCCAACACAAAGUUAUUUGUAUGUAAUUCAAAGUGGGAAUGUAAUGGAGAAGAAGGGACCAAGAGGAGAGAAAGUAUAAGACUCUUCAUUUGAUGUGUCACUACCAGGAUUCUAGUAGGAAGACUCUCAACUCCAAACUAGCUGAACUAGUGCAUACAGAUACACACCUGGCGCCACCUAUAGGUGGUUCGGAAAUGGCCGCCAUGCCACAUCCCUCAGCCCAAUAACUUGUGACUGUGUGGGCUGGACUCUUCCUCUCUCAUCCUUUGCUACUUCUCUUCUCCCAUGACCUCAUUGUAGUGUCGGGGCGUUUUGUACAAGGCCUUCGUUCAGUACGGGACAGAGCCAUUGUGGGGGCUGAGCUCUUUGCGUCUCCUUGUUUAAAAUUGUGAUGGCCCUUAUCGGCGUGAUUUAUUACCCCCUCCCCAACUCCUUAUGAGCCACUGUUACUUGUAACCCGCAGCCCCAGGAUUUGUACUCGAAGGUUAUUGGUGUUCGCUGGUAGAUUCCAGGCCCGUGAGCAGCCAAUGAGCUGCCCUGUUCUCAUUUGUCCACUCGCAUAUACACACACACAUACAAACAUGCACACGUAUGAAAAACAGAGAGUCACACAUUCAAAUACAAGGCAACAUGCGUCGAAAGGCAGAUGCAGACCGAUCUCCCCUCCCAGGUCUGCGUGGUCGUCUUUCUGGAGCAAGAAACAGGCCUGGAGUUGAACUAGUGGGCGCCAAUUAUCUGUGCGCAAAGCUCCAUAAUGAACCACGCAAGGAUCUGCUAUAGACACUCUGGGAACGAUUUAAGCCGAGGCAUUUUAAUGUGCUUCAGAUCUCCGCCCCUGGCUGAGUUACCUUCAUUUAGUGGAGUGAUUCAGUCAUUUCAGGCUGCGGUUAAAAUGAAGAGCCCGGUAUUAAAAAUCAGGUCUGAUGUUGGAAGCAAAGACAACCACAAUAAAAAGCCUGGGGAAAGGUGUUACAUUGUGUUUCUGUGUGUGGAUAUGAGUGUGUAAAGUUCUUUGUAUCGUGUGCUCUCUGAUAUGUGUGUACUUGUGAUAGGAUCUUUGUGUGUGUGUGUAGUAUUCUUUGCUUCUUUGUGUGACUGCAUUUGUACAAGCCACCCACAUACCCCCCCCCCCCCCACCCCCUCUUGUCCUAGCAUUCCAGCACUGCCCAUUACCAUCAUUGCCCCCUCAGUAAAGGGCCGUCCCGGGCAGGACCAGCCCGUGAACACUACAACCAGAAAGCGGCGGACGCCUCCCUCACAUUUAUGAGCUCCAUAAGGCCACUGUGACAGCGGUUAUUGGACCCAGCACAAAUUCAAUUACGCAACAAACCGGAGCCAAACUGAGGUGUGCAUAGGAUUUGUGCAGUUCUGCUGCUCAUGAGAUAACCAGAUGGAUAACACCGGGAAGCGAUCGAGCGACCGCGGGCUAAUCUCGGCGUGAACCUUCCGAUCUCCUAGAAGCAAGUUGUGCUAGAAGGCGCGAACCUCGUCCCGAUGUAGCUGCACAAAUUGGCCACCAGAUGGCGUACCCUUAACCAUGGAAGAAUACUUGCCAUGACGCGAUAUGUCCCCCGUAAAAGACGCCAGCACAACGCUAAGUGUGCGACACCACGGGCAGGCACUGUCUGUGAGUGUGCCUUGAAACGAAUGUGACGGAUCUUUAACUCUUUGUGUGAUUCACGUUACUCACACACUCGGAGGAAUUGCUUCUCUCCUGAGCUACAAACUGCCCCGAAUACCCCUCCGUAUCCUAACGUCUUGUACUGAUAAUUCGUAAAUUUCAAAUUUGAUGAUAAGCACAACAACUUUCACAUUGUAAAGUUGUAAACGAAAAGAACAGACCCCAUUGAGUUUUUCCUCUGAAUUAUUCUGAAUAUUCUGCUUCUUUAUAUUAAUGAAACAAUGUGAAAUACGUCUCUUGAUUUGGCUUGAAUUGUUUUUUUUUUUCUUUAUUUUUUUCUUUUUUUGACCGGUGUGUGCUUUGCUGAAGAAACUGUGAACGUGAAACCAGCGAUUUCUCCAAUGGCAAGAGUAUGGAGGCAUCUAGCUUUUCACUCAGCGCAGAACUUUUUUUGGGGGGGGCGGGGGAGCCGUCUGUUGUUGCUAUGGCAACGUCAGGCCCGCUGCGCUUAGAGACAUUAGAGUCCUCCCUGGGUGUAUUGUAUGUAAUCUUAGCCCUCAUAUGCGAGGGAAAAGCCUAAGAUGGCCACUGUGUGGACAAAAGCAUGUGCGUGUGUGCCUACUCUACACUAAUCUUGUGUCUGGAUGUCUGGCAUUACUGUGGAAAACGCUCAAACACACAGACACACAUAUGCGCACAUUCAUAUGCGCACUUACGCAGUUUGCCUUUACACGCAUAUCCUUCUCUGUUGGCCUGUCAUUCAGCGGACGCUUCGUUAAUCUUUUUUCUUUAUAAUAAACAUGCAAACAUGAA